AUGCCAAGACUUGAAGACAAUCAGGUCUACGAUGAGGAAGAUGACCUCCUCAACCGCAACCGCCGGAGGGUUGUGCGUCUCUGGGAAGACUUUGUCGGGUUCGCAUUUCAGGGAAAUGUCCUCGAGAUCGCUUUUGGUUUGAUCCUAGCCACAAUGUUCACAGCCCUCGUCACCUCCUUCGUCUCCGACAUUGUCCUCCCGCCCAUCUCAGUGCUUCUCCCACUGAACAAGAACUUGGAGGAGAAAUUCGCCGUUCUCCGGUCCGGAGCCAACCACCCGGAGGAAGGGUACAAUACCCUGAAGCAGGCGCAGGCGGAUGGUGCUGUUGUUAUGGCUUACGGAUUCUUCAUGAACCGCCUCCUCAACUUCAUGGGCGUCGGCUUCUCGCUUUACAGCAUCGCCUCUAUCUACCAGUGGAUGUCCAAGGACCCCAUCAUCAAGAAGACUGUUCCUUGCCCGUACUGCUGCAAGUUUAUCAACAUUAACUCAAUCCGCUGCGUGAACUGCACCUCCUGGCUCGACGGCCGCGAAGACAUGCUCCGACCAGUCCACAUCACCCCUCCUAGCAUCACCACCACCGGCACCGCGGGCGGCGCAGGACCUUCGUCCGCUUCGAAAUAGGGACGGUGGCAUCCGGAUCGUGAUACCAACCCCAAAAACAUGAGCUUUGAUGACAUGACGACCAACAGUGCUUACCAAGGCGAUGGCUAUAGUGGGGCCGGGGCUGGGCCCAUGGGCGAUGGAGGUGCUGCUGUAGGAGGUGCUAACGGUGGUGGUGGUGGUGAUGGUGGUGACGGAGAUGGUGGUGGUGCGGCCAAUGGUACUGAUGCGGGAGGAGGAGGGCCGGUGGGAGUAACUGGCUUCGGCUUUGGUGCUGCGUCUGUGUCAUAUGGGGCUUCGGUAUCUACAAAUCGAUUCGGAUCUUUUGGGG